AUGACCAUAUAUGAUGUAACUUCAGUUGUAAGGAAAGCCUAUGCACAAGGAAUUGAACCCUUUAAUCCUAACAUUUUUUCUGAUAAUGAGUUUUUGUUUUCAUAUGUAACAGACCGUCCAGAACCUAUUAAUGCUAACCCAUUUCCAGGUAUUGUUAAUCCAGUUUCUGCUAGUGUUUAUGCCCCAGCUUUUAAUCAAUCAUUGAUGUCAAGUUUGUCAUCUGGUUCAGCUUGUAUUGUAUUGCCUAUUCAGCCUAUAUCUGACCCUGGAAGUCAACUAUCCAGUGUUUCUAAUAAUGUCUCUAAUAAUCAAGCAAGUCUAGAAAAAAUUAGGCCAUUUCCAAAAGCUGGAUUAAGGAAACCCAUUAAAGGACGUAAACGUCAGCGUACUCGAAUACUCACAGACACUCCUGUUCGAAAUGAAAAAAGAAAAUCACCAGAAAAUCCUUUAUGCAAGAAUAUUUAUUGUCUUGUUUAUAAAGUAUUUUAUGUGGAGAUAGAAUUAGCGCAAGGUUUUACAUUUACACCAAGUUGUCCAGAUUCGGGAGAGAACUGCUGCGUUAUAUCUAAGCUGAAAGUUUCAUGGGAACUUGGUGGAUACAGAACUCGUGACAUACAAUGCGUUUUACGUGAAUCAUCAGAGAAAAUAGGAGAUUUAGAUGCAACUUAUAGCUCAAAAGGUGAUGUUAGUGAUUUUUCUUUAAGCUCAGAAUACCUCGAGUCUGUUACAAGUGAGUCAAAUGACGAUUCUCAUAAAGAAGAGCAAAGUUUAUUACUGCCUAAAGAUAUUUUAAAGCGUACUGCACUAACUGCUGUAGGAGAAGGUCUUUCUAUCAAUCAGCACACUGCUAUCAUAAGCAGUGUGAUAGCAGUUUCAGGAGGAGAAAUAAAUAAAUUUGUUGUGUCCAAAUCAUCAUCUCUUCGAGCUGUAGAUAAAGUAAUAAAUUCGGAAGCUCAAAAAAUUAGACAGUAUUUAAAACACUUGACUGGCUCCAAAUAUAAGCUGAUUUCUGUUCACUUUGACGGGAAAUUAUUUAAAGAAUAUACAGAUAAAGUUUCAGUUACAAGAGAAAGAUUAGCAGUACUAGUGAAAGCGAAUAAGAAAACUGAGCUCCUAGCUAUUCCUCAUAUUGAGUCAGGUUCUGCGGAAAAUCAGUUUAAAGCAGUUUAUAAUCUAUUAGAUUCUUUUGGUCUUAGUCAUCAUAUACAUUGUAUAUGCUUUGAUACUACAGCUUCCAACACUGGAGAGCACAAAGGAGUUAUAACAAGAAUAGCCGAUAAGCUGGGAAGGCCACUACUUUUCCUUGCCUGUAGACAUCAUAUAUUGGAAAGACAUAUUACCCACUUUAACAAGAUAUAUCCCAGUAGUAAAACGUCUGGUCCAGAAAACCAGAUUUUUAAACACCUGAAAUCUGUCUGGAAUGAUCUUGAAAAAGACAUUGUUACAUUGAAGAGGAUUGAAACUCCAAGUGGAACUUGGAUAAAUAAACAACAUCUUGAAGCUGAAAAAUUCUACAGAGAUGCAAUAGAUAAUAGGAUCUACAAAAAGGAUGGUAAAUCAAGAAAGGAUUAUCAAGAAUUAGCGGAACUUUCUUUGGUAGUUUCUCAAAAAGAUAGGUUCAAAUUUCGUAUUCCUGGUCCAAUACAUCGUGCAAGAUUCAUGUCAAAAGCGUUGUAUUAUCUUAAAAUGUAUUUACUAUUGGAAGCUAUUCCAAGUUUAUCAGAAGAAAAUAAAGAAGAGAUUCGUGAAAUGGCUAUGUUUGUUGGUAUCUUUUACACUCAAUGGUUUCUUAGAGCAGUAUCCGCAACUGCUGCGCCAUAUCAGGUUAAAAAUAAUCAUUAUAAAUAAGAAAAAAGCGUAAAAAAUGAUGAGUUAAUUUUCCAAUUGAUGACUUAAUCUAAUAUUGUUAAACAUAUU